UACUGGACAUGUGGGACAUUGACAUGGAAAGGAGGUGUUAACUACCUUCAUGCCAACCAAAGGGGAAUAUAACCUAAGGUUUCGAGUGAGAGGGAGAGAGACUAAGGAAGAUGGAGACAGGUGAAGAGGGUGGGGCUAAGUAACUAGUAAAGGUGUGACCAGAGCAAACAGCAAGCCACACUGACAGACUGACUUCAGAAAUCUCACAAGACAGAAGCAGUGAGUAAGAGAAGUGGGAGAAAAGUGGAAGAAAUUUGGCAGGCUUGCAGAAUUAUAUGAGAAGAGAGAGGAAUGUGAUCAAAGGAAGACAAGGUUUGGAUUAGCACACAUUUUUUCAAGACCACAGACUGAGCUCAGACUGGGAGGAUGUCGUCUUUGUCAGAAGCAGAUAGUCGGUGUAAACCUGGAGACACCAUCUGCGAGAUUCGGGUGUACGAGCAGGAAGUGAUCGUGGUGCCCGUGCUCUUCCUCUUCUCCUUCCUGAUAAUGCUGAUCUUCCUGCUCCUGCUGCGGUUCUGCCCGGAGAAAGUGGACCGCAUGCGACCGGAGAACACUGUGAGGCGACCGCGGGGGUCCAGGUCCAGGAGCAGAAACCUGCAAGGAAUCGAUGCCCCCCCUGGAAUUAACCCCUUAGAGCACGAGAUCAUCGUUUUGGAGACCAACGCCCCCAGCUACUCCACGUUCACCCCCCCUCAGCAAGCCCAACCCUUGAGCCUGGUGGAGCCUGCUUACGCCAGCUUCAACAGCUCCCAGCCGGACUCUGCUCUGGCCCCAGAGCUGCCCACACAGAGGAUGCCUGAGUCCUUCAACCUGGUCUCCCCCCUCCCACUGACGUUCUCCAUGAGGGUGGGGGACUCCGUGUCCCUGUACAGAGCCAGGAUGGGUCACAGGGACGUGGUUCUUAGAGUUCUCAAAGACUCGGCGAGCGCCAGUGACAGAAAGUCCUUUUUGGGAUUCGCCUCCUUCCUCACGCAGCUCGGCGCGCACCCCUUCCUCCCUGCGGUGCUGGGCGUGGUCUCGCUGCGCGCACCGCUGAUCACCGUCGUGGAGGAGCUGGAGAACAGGGAUCUGCUGGGCUUCCUCUGGAGGUGUAGGCAGGAUCAUGUGGGCAGUGAAGCUCCCUGUGACCUAACCGAGAGGCGGAUUUUCACCAUGUCCAAUCAGGUGGCCUCCGCUCUGGACUACCUUCACAAAAAGGACAUUCUCCAUGGUAACAUUGGAGCGCGCAGCGUGCUGGUUAGCCGGGAGCUAACGGCCAAGCUGUGGGGGCUGGGGAAUGCCCACGCAAGGCAUAGCCAGGAGGCCCCUGUUGUAGAGGGGCCUUGGCUGAAGAAGUGGCAGGCCCCGGAGGUACUGGCCCGGAAGGAAGCCACUCCGGGCAGCGAUGUCUGGUCGUUUGGCAUCUUGCUGUACGAAAUGGUGACGCUAGGGGAUGUCCCUUUCCCGGAUAUAUCCGUCAACGAGCUGAUGCAAUAUCACCAGAGAGGAAAGACUCUGAAGAGACCAGCCAACUGUUCCAACUCACUUUACUCCAUCAUCAAGAGUUGCUGCCAAUGGAAAGAGCAUGAUCGUGCCACGUUGUCUGAAGUGGUCCGCAAGCUCCAAUCAGGAGAGAAGAGUGCCAAUGACAAAUCCGUCAUCCGAGUGCCUGAGCCAAUCAACAUCGAAAAGUAUCUGCAGGAGGCGGGAUAUGCGGAAACCCACAACUACACCGUCUUCUGAUGCGACUGAACAUCGUGUGCAAUAGGGGGCGCGUCCCAAUACUCGAGAUAGCCCUUCCUUCAAUCGUCUCCUCCUAUUCGGGAGUAUGGGGGGAGGAGACGCGUUGAGGAAAGGUUAUCUUAGAUUAUUGGGACGCGCCCAGGGUGAUACAGAAGGCAUUGGUGGUAGACUGGGAUUUGUAGACUUGAACGUAAUAUCACUGCUGUAGUAGCUAUUACUGCAGGUUACACCUUGUUUACAAACUUUGUUUAUAAUAAGAGUAAUAUAUUUUGUCAGGAAAAAUCAGUAACUCUAAAUCAACCUUUCCCUUUAUAUAAAAAAAAGAAUCUAUAUUAAGACACCUACAGUUCAGGUGGUAUGUCAGUGCCUUGAAGCAUUCUUGCAAUGCUGGCGUGACCAUACAUGCAGUAUUUCUGGUUUCUGGCUGUGGUGGAGACCUGCUGAGUCAGUGCACUGGUAGAGCGAGUGUAGUGGAAUGCAUCAGGAUUGCUUUGUUUACCAACUGAUUAGAAACAUACUGUAUCCAUGCUGCGUUCACUGCCAAGGUAACACCGACUCCAGUACACUCUUAGCUUGAAGAUUUAGUCAGUUGACAUUAUGUGUGGUUGUUUUAAAGCACUUUUGCCAAGUAAGAUAUAUACUUCCUAAUGAAGUCUGGGAGGGGUCUAUAUUCAGUGGGACUGCAAGAGACUAUCACAAAAACGUCAUAACAAAAGUCACUAGAUGUGCUAACAGGCAAUGUGCAAUAACUGAGCCUUAUGUUACCUUUACCUUAAAAACAAGUCACUCUACUAUUUUCACUUCAAGUGCUUUUAAGACAUGAUUUUGUGUUUGUUCACUUUAUGUAUGAAAGGAGUAAUUGCCAAUUUCAAAUAAAAAAAAGGCCAAAGCA